AUGAUUUAUUCCAAGGAUUUGUUCCCCACAAAGUCCGACACGCUUGGCAACUUUGUGAUUUACCACGUUACCGAUCGCAAUGUAGUUCGCCAAGCUGAUUUCCAUCUCGCCUCGCAGAUUACUUCGAUUCUCCCCAUUUCCUUGCCAGACGGGCAGUGUAUCAACGUAAUUCUAACGGCUGAGGGCGCCAUGGGAGUGUUCUUGUUUGUGACGGGAGAGGAAUAUACAAAGCUUUCUUCUUUACAAAAACGAUUAAUCGAGGCUCUACCGCAAAACGCGGCUCUGAAUAACUUCAAUUUCCGAAAGUACAUGUCGGAUGGAAUGAUGAAAUAUCCACGAAGGAAGGGAGUGCUGGACAUGGGAGUGAUUCGGAAGUAUCUAAUGUUAUCUACCCAGGAACAAGAGGAUAUCGCGAAAUCGCUAGAUUUAGAGACGAAAGAGAUAACGGAGGUUAUUUACAGAACUGAUAAGCUGCUAUAUAAUAUGUUCUGGGACUGUUUGUUGAAAGUAACAUGUUGA